AUGAACAUCAUGAACGACCCGUUUAGCCCGCAUUGUAAAGAACUGGCCUCGCCAAACCCGUGGAAUUUCUCACUUUCGCUAGGAAUUCUGUUCGGCAUUUUUCUUUCCUACCUGCCACAGCUCUACAGGAUCAUCUCCCGACGGUCUUCCUUUGGCAUAUCGCCGUAUUUUAUUCUACUGGGAACCACAUCGGGGACGUUUGCGUUUACGAACAUACUUGUCCUGCCAAGAAGUUCACAGGAUAUUGCGUGUUGCAGAGAGCUUAAUGGAUUCUCAUGCUUUGCUGGCUUGCUGGGCAUACUCCAGGUUGGAGUGCAAGCGCUGUGCUUCUUUGUAGUCCUUUCCCUUUUCAUCAUCUUCUUUCCCCGCUCCAUCCCUUCACAUGCCGUCAAAUCCUUAUCCACCACAACACCCUCUUUCCGUAUAGCCCUCAUAGUCGGCGCAAUAUGCGUUAUCCAAACAAUUACCACGGCCAUCGUUGGCAUAACCGUUGUCGUUGCGCAUCCAGACCAGCGUCAGUUCUGCGCAAACGUAUUCGGAAUUAUCGCAGCAGUCCUUUCCUCCAUUCAAUAUUUCCCCCAGAUCUACACAACAUUCAACCUACGCCGCAUUGGUAGCCUGAGCAUUCCCACGAUGUGCAUCCAGACUCCAGGUAGUCUCGUAUGGGCCGCUAGUCUAGCAGCACGACUCGGGACGGAGGGCUGGAGUUCGUGGGGUGUUUAUGUGGUCACAGCUUUAUUACAAGGAACCUUACUCGUGAUGGGUAUUUAUUUCGAAUAUAUCCAACCUUCAAAGGCAGAUAGCGAUAUCACCACUGAGGAAAUUUUGGAAACGGAGAACGGUGCUAAUGGGACCGUUCUCGCGUCCAGCAGCGAGGAGAUCAAUCCUACUGAAGAAACCCCCCUACUUCAAAGCUCAGCGUAG